UACAUGUUCCUCAUCACACGCAAACCUUGGGGAUAGACUGAAAGAAACUGUACGCUCUUCACCUUCAACGAAAUUAGACCUCCCUGUUCCCUCUCCUUGCUCGAACUACUCCUUGACCCCUCCUUGUUCCAACAACUUCCAUGCCCGAUCCUACUAUGAUCUGUGCUGCUCUGCAGCCGGUCUGUGGCUUUAUCAAUCAAGCAGGGGUGCCUGCAGCCACUGCGAAACAUGUCGCAUCUUUCGCCUGCAUCAAGCGCAACCUCAGAGACCUCACAAAAGCCAUGGAGGAUCUGCAAGCUCUUGAGAAGGUGGUUCAAGGACAAGUCAUCCUCGAGACCAACAACCUCAAUGAGUGUCAUCCUCAAGUCAGUUUGUGGCUGACAAGGGUCGUCGAUGUCCUGGUUGAUCCCAUCGGCCGAGAGUGUGAUCAGUUGAUGCAGUCCUCUUGCUUUUGUAGUUCUGCUCUAAGCCUUGGAAAACGAUAUCGUCUUGGCAAGCGUGUUGUUGAGAUGCUGGAGUAUCUUGAUAGGCUAAUCAAGGAAGGGAGCCAAUUCGAAACAUUUGCAUCCAAGCGUUUGCCAGAUUUUGUAGAGGAGAGGCCACGGACACAAACCUUUGGCAUCGAGCCAGUGCUGAGGGAUUUCAGGAAAUCUUUUGAAACCAAUGACGUGAAAAUCAUCGGAAUCUGGGGCCCAGGAGGUGUUGGGAAGACAACACUCCUCAACACCUUCAACAAUGAGCUCAAAGCAUGGGGCAGGGAUUACCAGGUGGUAAUCAUGAUUGAGGUGUCCAACUCAGGAACUCUAAACAAAGCAGCCAUCCAGCGCACAAUUACAGAUCGCCUUGGCUUGCCAUGGAAUGACAUAGAUACAGAGGAAGCCCGUGCCAGGUCCUUGGCGAAUGCACUAAGGAGAAAGAAGUUUGUGAUUUUGCUGGAUGAUGUUAGGAACAAAUUCCAACUAGAAGAUGUUGGGAUCCCUACCCCAGAUUCAGAGAGCAAAAGCAAGCUGAUUCUCACAUCACGUUAUGAGAACGUGUGCUAUCAAAUGGGAGCCAACCAGAGCUUGAUCAAGAUGGAGUACCUAGAAAAGGAAGCGGCAUGGGAACUCUUCCGAAGCAAUUUGAGCACUCAGGCAAUUGCAGCCAUCGAGUCACCUGGCCCCAACAAUAUUGUAAAAGAACAUGCUGAUGCAAUUGUCCAUAGCUGUGGUGGUCUGCCACUAGCACUCAAGGUAAUAGGGAGGGCUGUGGCAGGGUUAACAGAACCAAGGGAAUGGAGUUUGGCAAUGCAAGCAACCAAGGAUGACAUCAAAGACUUGGAUGGAAUCCCAGAAAUGUUCCAUAAACUUAAAUACAGUUAUGACAAGCUGACACCAAUGCAGCAGCAGUGCUUCCUGUACUGCACCCUAUUCCCAGAAUACGGAUCAAUUAACAAAGAUCAGCUUGUGGAGUACUGGAUGGCAGAAGAAUUAAUACCUCAAGACAAAAAAGGCCAUCACAUAAUCCGUAGCCUGCUCUCGGCAUGCUUGUUGGAGUGUUGUGGGUCUGAGUCAGAGGUGAAAAUGCACCACAUAAUCCGUCAACUGGGGCUGUCCCUUGCGGCGCAGCAAAAUAUUGUUGUGAAGGCUGGGAUGAGCUUGGAGAAGGCACCGCCACACAGAGAGUGGCGAAGAGCCACAAGGAUAUCACUCAUGUACAAUGAUAUAAGAAGCCUUGAUAUCUCACCUAAGUGCAAGCAUCUUGUAACUUUUCUGGUUCAGAAUAAUCCUAACUUGGACAGGAUGAGUCAAACUUUCUUCCAACACAUGAAUUCUUUGAGGGUUCUUGAUCUUUCACACACCAGCAUUACAACACUUCCACUCUGUAGAUCAUUGGCAAAGCUCAAGUAUCUCAAUUUGUCUCACACAUUCAUUGAGAGGCUUCCUGAGGAGUUCUGGGUGCUCAAAGAACUUAUACAUCUAGAUUUAAGUGUAACCAAGGCGCUGAAGGAUACUUUUGACAAUUGUUCCAAGCUACACAGGCUAAGGGUGCUAAACCUCUUCCGAAGCAACUAUGGGGUUCGUGAUGUUACUGACCUGAACAUCGAUUCCUUAAAGGAACUAGAAUUCCUUGGGAUCACAAUUUAUGCUGAGGAUGUGUUGAAGAAGCUCACAAAGACACACCCUCUAGCAAAGUCAACACAGCGCCUUAGCCUCAAGCACUGUGGACAGAUGCAGUCGAUCCAAAUAUCAGACUGCGCACAUAUGGUGCAACUUGGAGAACUCUAUGUUGAAUCAUGCCUUGACUUGAAACAACUUAUUGCCGACCCCGACAAGCGAAGAACUUCCCGUCUGCAAGUUCUCACCCUUGCUGAGCUUCCUGCCCUCCAGACUAUUGUUAUUGGAUCUUCUCCUCAUCACUUUCGCAACCUCCUACAAAUAACAAUAUCUCACUGCCAAAAAUUGCACGACAUUACCUGGGUUCUGAAGCUGGAAGCACUUGAAAAGCUUUCUAUCUGUCAUUGCCAUGAAUUAGAACAAGUUGUUCAGGAAACAUUCAACAAGGUGGACAAUAGGAGUGGGGCGAUUGAGCAGAGAAGUAUUCAGAGACGUGGAAGAAAAUAUGGUUUCUCUGAGGAACAGGAGACACAUGGUAUGGUAGAUGAUGCGUAUAUUGAAUAUGUGAAGGGCUACCUGAACAUGACCAAAAGUUGGCAGAACAAUGGAAUAGUGCAGCAUCCAGGCUUCACAAAACUGAGAUCCCUGGUGCUGACCGGCCUACCGAAGCUCACGGUGAUAUGCAAUCCAAGAGACUUCCCUAGUCUUGAGAUUAUUAGAGUGGAGGGUUGCCCACGUUUGAGAACACUUCCAUUAGGUCAAAUGGAUGAAUGGACAAAACUAAAGCAGAUUUGUGGAUCAUAUGACUGGUGGGAAAGACUAGAGUGGAGUGGCAAGGAGACAAUGGAGAAUAAGUACUUCAUCCCCAUCUAGGAUCAAGACUAGCACGCUCAUGAAACUACCUUUGUACAGGUACAGUGCACAUCACUGAUAAUUCCUGUUCAAGAUUAUACCAUCUAUCUGUGAAUUGAUUUAUUAGAUUCAUAUGUUCAGAUUCAUAAAUAAGUGGCUUUUGUAUGAGCCUAUUUAUAUGUAAAUAGAAACUGUAUAUGUUGUAGAUACAAACUGUAAAUGUUGUACAUAGAAACUGUACAGAUUGAAUAUGUACUACGUGCAUUGUAUUACUUUCCUAUCUAUGCAAACUGUAUGUAAUGUAAUUUAUCUCAAAUGUAGAAGUAUUUUCCAUCAUAUUCAUGCAGAUUUUCUUCCUAUUUCUUGUG